GCCGGGUGAGAAGGCGAGAGGAUGGCCACAGAGAUCAGCGCUCGGGGCGGGCAGCGGGCCAUCGGGCACGAGGAGUACAGCCUGUACGGCAGUCUGAGCGAGGACGAGCUGAUCCAGAUGGCCAUCGAGCAGAGCCUGGCUGACAAGACGCAUGGCCCCACCGCCACAGAGGCCCCGGGGCCCACCCGUGCCAACCGCCAACCUGCCCAUUUCUACCCGUGGACCAGGUCGACUGCGCCUCCCGAGAGCCCGCCCGCCUCAGCCCCCAUGGGUCUGUUCCAAGGGGUCCUGCAGAAAUACAAGAGCAGCAAGACCCCAGAGCUGGCGCCCGUGGACCCCGUGCUCAAGGCCAUCAAGGAAGGCGACGAGAAGGCCUUGAAGGCCAUGAUCCAGGCGGGGAAGAACCUCGCGGAGCCCAACAAGGAGGGCUGGCUGCCGCUGCAUGAGGCCGCCUACUACGGCCAGCUGGACUGCCUGAGGGCCCUGCAGCGAGCCUACCCCGCAGCCCUGGACCAGCGCACCCUGCAGGAGGAAACGGCCCUUUACCUGGCCACGUGCAGAGGGCACCUGGACUGUCUCCUCUCCCUGCUCCAGGCGGGGGCCGAGCCCGACAUCUCCAACAAGGGCCGGGAGACGCCUCUCUACAAAGCCUGUGAGCACAGGAAUGUGGAGGCGGUGAGGAUCCUGGUGAGGUACAACGCAGACACCAACCACCGCUGCAACCGCGGCUGGACCGCCCUGCACGAGUCCGUUUCUCGCAAUGACCUGGAGGUCAUGGAGGUCCUGGUGAGCGGAGGCGCCAAGGUGGAGUCCAAGAACGCCUAUGGCAUCACCCCCUUGUUCGUGGCGGCCCAGAGUGGGCAGCUGGAGGCCCUGAGGUUUCUGGCCAAGCACGGGGCUGACAUCAACACGCAGGCCAGCGACGGCGCGUCCGCCCUCUACGAGGCCUGCAAAAACGAGCACGAGGACGUGGUGGCGUUCCUGCUGUCGCAGGGCGCUGAUGCCAACAAGGCCAACAAGGACGGGCUGCUGCCCCUGCACGUGGCCGCCAAGAAGGGCAAUCACAGCCGCACGCGCGUGCGCCGUAGCGGCAUCAGCCCGCUGCACCUGGCGGCCGAGCGCAACCACGACGGCGUGCUCGAGGCGCUGCUGGGCGCGCGCUUCGACGUGAACGCGCCGCUGGCGCCCGAGCGCGCGCGCCUCUACGAGGACCGGCGCAGCUCGGCGCUCUACUUCGCGGUGGUCAACAACAACGUGCACGCCACCGAGCUGCUGCUGCUGGCCGGCGCCGACCCCAACCGCGACGUCAUCAGCCCCCUGCUCGUGGCCAUCCGCCACGGCUGCCUGCGCACCAUGCAGCUGCUGCUGGACCACGGCGCCAACAUCGACGCCUACGUCGCCACGCACCCCACCGCCUUCCCCGCCACCAUCAUGUUCGCCAUGAAGUGCCUGUCGCUGCUCAAGUUCCUCAUGGACCUCGGCUGCGACGGCGAGCCCUGCUUCUCCUGCCUCUACGGCAACGGCCCGCACCCGCCCGCCCAGCCGCGCGCCAACAGGUUCAACGACUCGCGGGUGCCCGUCCCCACCGAAGACAAGGCGCCCUGCGCCGUCCAGUUCUGCGAGAUCCUGUCCGCCCCCGAGGUGAGCCGCUGGGCAGGGCCCAUCAUCGAUGUGCUGCUGGACUACGUGGGCAACGUGCAGCUCUGCUCCCGGCUGAAGGAGCACAUCGACAGCUUCGAGGACUGGGCUGUCAUCAAGGAGAAGGCAGAGCCCCCCCGGCCUCUGGCCCACCUCUGCCGGCUGCAAGUCCGGAAGGCCGUGGGCAAACACCGCAUAAAGCUGCUGGACACGCUGCCGCUCCCAGGCAGGCUGAUCCGAUACCUGAAAUAUGAGAGCGCCCAGUAACCCGGC